CACAUUUUGCCAGUGAGAGAAAACUUUGAAAAGGUGCGCUGAAACAAGAAGAAAGUUUGCGAAGUGACUCAUCACUGUGUCUAUAUUUCUACACAUGGUUGGCUUGAAGUAUUAGUCACCAAUUGACAGUUCGGGAAAUACGAAUAUACUGUUGUGAAUCAAGAUAAACAACUUUAAUUUUGUAGGGGAGAAAAAAAAACUUUCAAAACAACGGACUAUCGAACAAUGGAAACACAUGAUACAACCUUUUAUCCCGAUCACGGAAUAAGCGGUUUGAAGAUGGAGAACCAAGUAGUAAGUCAACUUAAAAGAAAAAUGACUCUCGAUUUUGAUUGCAAUUCAACUCCUAAAUCAAAACAAAUGAAAAUGGGGAAUUUGUUACAAUCCCCGGACUUAAAUAUGUUGAAAUUGGCCUCGCCAGAAUUGGAGAAAAUGAUAAUUCAAGCUAAUGGCAUGGUGACAACCACACCCACACCAACUCAGUUUCUUUUCCCUAAAUACGUGACAGACGAGCAGGAGGCGUACGCCAGGGGGUUCGUUGAGGCGUUAGCCCAACUCCAUGGUACUACGAAUCCAGAUGAUGAAAACGAUAAUGAUCAAGAGGAUGGAUUUUCUGGGUCCGAAUCUGACACUUCGUCUUUAUCAACGGUUAGUAAAUCAACGUACUCCCUCCCUACAACGUCUACACUGACCUCCCUGAGUACUACUACCACCCUCCCCGGGGGUAUCGUACACAUCAACCAGAAACAACCCACUCAGGGAACGGUCAACAGGUUCAGAACCAAGGAGGAACCGCAGACAGUCCCUAGUUUUGGAUCUUCACCACCACUUUCUCCAAUUAAUAUGGAGAGUCAGGAGAGAAUUAAGUUGGAGCGGAAACGUGCAAGAAACAGGGUGGCAGCCAGAAAAUGUCGUACACGGAAACUUGAGAGGAUUUCUCGAUUGGAAGAUAGAGUGUCAGACUUGAAAGGACAAAAUUCAAAUUUGGCUUCAACAGCCUCAUCACUCAGGGACCAAGUGUGUAAACUGAAGCAGCAAAUUAUUGAACAUGUCAGCAGUGGUUGUCAGAUAAUGAUGACAAACUCUCUGAAUUUCUGAAUGUGCCUUCCAGUGUGUGGACUAAAGAACUUAAUUGUGUUCGAAAAACAUUAUGAAAGUUGAUACGUACAUUUUAAAGUUUUUAUUCUGAUAAUAUUUUUCUGUAUUAGUGCAGUAAAUUACUAUAAAUUUAAUAUUAAAUUCAGAACAAAAACUUUGAUAAUAACCUAUCGACUUGAAGACAGAAUUUUGCCAGUGCCAAUUGUGUAAACAUGAAUGUGAUGCAGGUCGAUAUUGUUUGCGUUGUCUCCAAAAAGGUUUCUGUUUUAUCCCAAUUGUCACAUUCUUCGAAGAUGGAUCUUUUUUCUUUUUGUAAAGAUAAAAUCAUUUGGUUCAUUGAUAAGUAAUGAUAACAUGAUUCGAAAGCACAGUACUUCCUUCACGUUCUUGUAGAAUUGCAUUUAAAGUGCUUAAUAAUGUACAUGGGUUAAUAUAGGUACAAGGGAUGGGAGAUAUUUACUUUGGAAGAAGUGAUAGAAAGGUAAAUUAGAGAACUAUUUCCAAGACUGCAAAUUGUGAUAUUGUUUCAUUAUCAGUUUAUGCCUCAUUACCAGUCAAGUCUUGUAAAUAACACAUUUAUUAUUGUUCAUAGGUAUAGUGUGGAUCACCGGGUUUACAUCACAAUACCUUUGUCAUUGUAUUAUGAAAUCAUUAUCAUGUUAUUACAAAGAUUCAUUCAAAUCAAAGCUUUGUAUGUUAUUUUGCAUAAUUUAAAACUUUUAUAUAAAAUUAAAUGUUGAUAUUUUUGCAGAA